CGCCUGCCGCCGGCCCCACCCAUCCGGGCGGAGGAGGCCGCGGCCAUGGCCGAGACGGAGGAGCGCAGCCUGGACAACUUCUUCGCCAAGAGGGACAAGAAGAAGAAGAAGGAGCGCAGCAGCCGGGCGGCGAGCGCCGCGGGCGCGGCGGGCGGCGCCGGCGGGAGCAGCGGAGUCCCCGGCGCGGCUGGCGGCGGGGCGGGCGCGGGGGCCCGGCCCGGCGACGGCGCGACCGCGAGCGCGGGGGCCGCCGGCGCCGCGGCCACCACCAAGGCCGUGACGAAGGAUGAAGAUGAGUGGAAAGAAUUUGAGCAAAAAGAGGUUGAUUACAGCGGCCUAAGAGUUCAGGCAAUGCAAAUAAGUGAAAAGGAAGAAGACGACAACGAAAAACGAGAAGAUCCGGGUGAUAACUGGGAGGAAGGCGGCGGAGGUGGUGGUGGUGGCAUGGAGAAGUCCUCAGGCCCCUGGAAUAAAACAGCCCCGGUGCAAGCACCACCUGCUCCAGCAAUCGUUACAGAAGCCCCAGAAACGGCAAUGACUAGUGGUGUAUAUAGGCCUCCUGGUGCCCGGUUAACCACAACAAGGAAAACACCACAAGGACCACCAGAGAUCUACAGCGAUACACAGUUCCCAUCCCUGCAGUCCACUGCCAAGCAUGUAGAAAGCCGGAAGGAUAAAGAAAUGGAGAAGAGCUUUGAAGUAGUAAGACACAAAAAUAGAGGUAGGGACGAGGUUUCAAAAAACCAGGCCCUUAAACUUCAGCUAGACAACCAGUAUGCUGUGCUUGAAAAUCAGAAAAGCAGCCACACUCAGUACAAUUAACGAAUGGUCUUUGCUAACCCUUCCAAGGUAACUAGACCACAGCUAACCACCAUGAACAGCCAUUCAUCAUCUGAUUUCUGCUGGAUCUACAGCAACUGAUGCAGACUACUCAAUAUAAGUGAUCGAGCCUAUUGCACUAUGGAAGUUGAAAGUGUCACAACUACUCUUAAUGUGUAUUGCAUUUAGGGGGAUUUUCGUUGUCUCAUAAAUGCGUGAGCUAUAUUCAGCAGUGUUCUUUCAUAAUUACUUUGCAAAUACAAAAACAAACUUCAGCCAGUGGUCAUUUCAAAAUCUUUUUAUGUUCAGAUACUGAGCCUCCGUAAGGGUUGACUACCUCAGAUUUGCUGCACUCAUUGUGGACUUCAUGUGGAUCACAACUUCUGGAUAAGAAGGUUACUGCUAUUAAGUGUCAAUAUGAAACUUGAAACCAGCUCUACUGGAUUCCUAUCAGAAAUCCUGCAGAAAGUCAGCCAUCUGGGUUUUGAUCUGCUGUAAAAGAUGAAGAUUUAAGUGACCUUAAUUAACCUGUCCUGUGCCCCACCCUUAAAAAUACUCCAUAGUGGGCUGUGGCUGUGUUAAGACUUCUGGAACAUGCCGCUCAAGAGAACUGAUGUGUUCAGGUCAUCGGUAGGGCUGUGAUUUCUAAUUUCAACUUUGAGUUGUAUUCUGAGGUAACCACAAAUUCAACCAAACUUGGGUCCACCAGGUGGGAAAGGGGGUGGGGGAGGGAAUGAUCUUGUUUCUUUUAGUUUUUUAUUCGGGUAGUGCUUUUUCUGUUCCACAUUAAGGCCUUUUACACAUUGACUUCGAAUAAGUUCUUUGGAGCAUAUUGCUUGGGUCAUUGAGUAACCUGAAAUAUGCGGUAGAAUUGUGAAGUGUCUCUUGACUUUGCCAAUCCCUAGAGUGGAACCAAAUGGCUUUUGAUGUCAAGGGCAGUGGAUGCAGGGGGCUCUACUUCAGGUGCUGCUACAGCCUCCUUGAAUCAGGUCUAAAUUGUGAAGUAAGCUGCAGUGGAAGGGUCAAGGGCAUAGUAUCUGCUUCGGCCACGGGAUUCACUGACCUGUCCUUAUAAAUUCAAAGAAAUGUGAGCAGACCUCACCUAAGCCCACUGAAGUUUCUUGGACCUUGCAUGAUCUUUGACAAGAAUUCCCAGUAUACUUGUGCCCAAAUCUUUCAGGUAUCGGGCAUUAUAGAUGCAGUGAUUGUCCCCGAUAGCGCUAUUGUCAGCCUUUCAGUAUGUUCUUUAUGUUGUUGAUUUGGAGAGUUAGGGGCAAAAGACAGGUGAUGUAGCACUUCGGUUUUUAAUAAUUACAGCUUACGAUAUCCCGUAAAUUUUGGUCCUUAAUUAAGGGACUCAAGUAAGCUCUCCAUGAUUUCUGACGGUUUCUUUCCAUCUCAUGAGAUAAUCUGGUAAUUUCCUAGUUUUUUAUCUUUGGUUCAGCAAAAAUAUUUCAGAGUGGUAUGUGACCACUUGAUAGAGCCUGGGUUUCUCUAUAAUAAAUCCCUUUGCCAAGUGCAAGAGUUGUGACACGCUGCAGGCAAGAGUGAUGCAGAUGCGUGAGUAAAACAAUCCUGAUGUGGAGCAUUUUCCUAUAGAUCAGUCUGGGUACAACUGUCAUGCAGGGGACUCUGACUCCUAGGGGAGUUAUAAUAUCACUUGACAGGACAUGCUGACCAGGUCUGGGCCAUAAUGUUGGUUAUUUGAGGUGGCAGGCAGGAUGUCUAUCUGAUAUAUUUGGGUGAGUAGCUGAGCCAGCCAAGGAGAGGUUGGGUGAUAAAGCGAUAAAAAGUAUGCAUUUUUUUCCCAGCAAAUUUUGUUGGGUUAUGUUACAGAGGAAUCAACUGGGAUGAAUAUGUUAUUUAAUGGCAUACUGUACUAGUAAUCUGAAGAUCUGCAGAUUUAAAAUUCCAACUCUUGUAACUUUUUAAAGAUUGUGAAAUUCUCAAAAUGCACAUGAAUCAAGUUUUAAUAUACUGUAUGAUGGGUUGAUGAGGCUGUCCAUUGUACCAUUUCUUUGAAUUCUCAGGCAUGGUUUGACAGUGCAAGAACUCUUGUAACAUUAACAAAUUCAAUAAAAAGUAAAUAUAUGGAUUUCCCAAUGGUGGUUUUUAUUCUUUUUUUUA